GAAAUUCUGUAUUUGACGAUAUGCAUUUGGAAUCAAAUCCUUACUUGAGAUACAGGAUUUAAAUGACAGUUGUAUCUCCAUUAAUAGGAGAUUUCAGUUCUUCAUGUAUCUUGUUUGUUUCCAUCUUGGUCAGUGUGUAUUAGGAGUUAGUGAGGCUGUAGAUGUAGAGAAGGUAUUGUGUGAACUAGUCCUCAGUCAGUGUGUAUUAGGAGUUAGUGAGGCUGUAGAUGUAGAGAAGGUAUUGUGUGAACUAGUCCUCAGUCAGUGUGUAUUUGGAGUUAGUGAGGCUGUAGAUAUAGAGAAGGUAUUGUGUGAACUAGUCCUCAGUCAGUGUGUAUUAGGAGUUAGUGAGGCUGUAGAUGUAGUGAAGGUAUUGUGUGAACUAGUCCUCAGUCAGUGUGUAUUAGGAGUUAGUGAGGCUGUAGAUGUAGAGAAGGUAUUGUGUGAACUAGUCCUCAGUCAGUGUGUAUUAGGAGUUAGUGAGGCUGUAGAUGUAGAGAAGGAAUUGUGUGAACUAGUCCUCAGUCAGUGUGUAUUAGGAGUUAGUGAGGCUGUAGAUGUAGUGAAGGUAUUGUGUGAACUAGUCCUCAGUCAGUGUGUAUUAGGAGUUAGUGAGGCUGUAGAUGUAGAGAAGGUAUUGUGUGAACUAGUCCUCAGUCAGUGUGUAUUAGGAGUUAGUGAGGCUGUAGAUGUAGAGAAGGAAUUGUGUGAACUAGUCCUCAGUCAGUGUGUAUUAGGAGUUAGUGAGGCUGUAGAUGUAGUGAAGGUAUUGUGUGAACUAGUCCUCAGUCAGUGUGUAUUAGGAGUUAGUGAGGCUGUAGAUGUAGUGAAGGUAUUGUGUGAACUAGUCCUCAGUCAGUGUGUAUUAGGAGUUAGUGAGGCUGUAGAUGUAGAGAAGGUAUUGUGUGAACUAGUCCUCAGUCAGUGUGUAUUAGGAGUUAGUGAGGCUGUAGAUGUAGAGAAGGUAUUGUGUGAACUAGUCCUCAGUCAGUGUGUAUUAGGAGUUAGUGAGGCUGUAGAUGUAGAGAAGGUAUUGUGUGAACUAGUCCUCAGUCAGUGUGUAUUAGGAGUUAGUGAGGCUGUAGAUGUAGAGAAGGUAUUGUGUGAACUAGUCCUCAGUCAGUGUGUAUUAGGAGUUCGUGAGGCUGUAGAUGUAGAGAAGGUAUUGUGUGAACUAGUCCUCAGUCAGUGUGUAUUAGGAGUUAGUGAGGCUGUAGAUGUAGAGAAGGUAUUGUGUGAACUAGUCCUCAGUCAGUGUGUAUUAGGAGUUAGUGAGGCUGUAGAUGUAGAGAAGGUAUUGUGUGAACUAGUCCUCAGUCAGUGUGUAUUUGGAGUUAGUGAGGCUGUAGAUAUAGAGAAGGUAUUGUGUGAACUAGUCCUCAGUCAGUGUGUAUUAGGAGUUAGUGAGGCUGUAGAUGUAGUGAAGGUAUUGUGUGAACUAGUCCUCAGUCAGUGUGUAUUAGGAGUUAGUGAGGCUGUAGAUGUAGAGAAGGUAUUGUGUGAACUAGUCCUCAGUCAGUGUGUAUUAGGAGUUAGUGAGGCUGUAGAUGUAGAGAAGGAAUUGUGUGAACUAGUCCUCAGUCAGUGUGUAUUAGGAGUUAGUGAGGCUGUAGAUGUAGUGAAGGUAUUGUGUGAACUAGUCCUCAGUCAGUGUGUAUUAGGAGUUAGUGAGGCUGUAGAUGUAGAGAAGGUAUUGUGUGAACUAGUCCUCAGUCAGUGUGUAUUAGGAGUUAGUGAGGCUGUAGAUGUAGAGAAGGUAUUGUGUGACCUAGUCCUCAGUCAGUGUGUAUUAGGAGUUAGUGAGGCUGUAGAUGUAGAGAAGGUAUUGUGUGAACUAGUCCUCAGUCAGUGUGUAUUAGGAGUUAGUGAGGCUGUAGAUGUAGAGAAGGUAUUGUGUGAACUAGUCCUCAGUCAGUGUGUAUUAGGAGUUAGUGAGGCUGUAGAUGUAGAGAAGGUAUUGUGUGAACUAGUCCUCAGUCAGUGUGUAUUAGGAGUUAGUGAGGCUGUAGAUGUAGAGAAGGUAUUGUGUGAACUAGUCCUCAGUCAGUGUGUAUUAGGAGUUAGUGAGGCUGUAGAUGUAGAGAAGGUAUUGUGUGAACUAGUCCUCAGUCAGUGUGUAUUAGGAGUUAGUGAGGCUGUAGAUGUAGAGAAGGUAUUGUGUGAACUAGUCCUCAGUCAGUGUGUAUUAGGAGUUAGUGAGGCUGUAGAUGUAGAGAAGGUAUUGUGUGAACUAGUCCUCAGUCAGUGUGUAUUAGGAGUUAGUGAGGCUGUAGAUGUAGAGAAGGUAUUGUGUGAACUAGUCCUCAGUCAGUGUGUAUUAGGAGUUAGUGAGGCUGUAGAUGUAGUGAAGGUAUUGUGUGAACUAGUCCUCAGUCAGUGUGUAUUAGGAGUUAGUGAGGCUGUAGAUGUAGAGAAGGUAUUGUGUGAACUAGUCCUCAGUCAGUGUGUAUUAGGAGUUAGUGAGGCUGUAGAUGUAGAGAAGGUAUUGUGAAGGCGGUAUUGUGUGAACUAGUUCUCAGUCAGUGUGUAAUGGUAUGAUAGAGAUGUACAAGUUAGGUGUUUGGUC